AUGGACUGGUUAAAGCAAUCUAACUUUGCAGAACAUAAAAUUAGUAAAUAUUUAUCUGAUCUUGGAAAUUACAUUCAAAUAUCUAUAUCUGCUUCUUCUGCUAUCAAUUCCUCCAUAUUCAUUCUGAGGGGGUUCCCUGGCCUAGGUCAGUACUAUCCCUGGUUUUCAAUUCCCUUCUCCGCCAUCUAUGCCAUGGUGCUUCUGGGAAACUGCCUGGUGCUGCAUGUGAUCCGGACCGAGCCGAGCCUGCACCAGCCCAUGUUCUACUUCCUGGCCAUGCUGGCCCUCACUGACCUGUGCAUGGGGCUGUGCACAGUGCACACGGUGCUGGGGGUCCUGUGGGGGCUCAGCCAGGAAGUCAGCCUGGAUGCCUGCAUUACACAGACUUAUUUUGUCCACGGUCUCUCCUGCACAGAGUUUGGAGUCCUUGCCAUGGCCUUUGAUCGCUUUACUGCAAUCUGCAAUCCUCUGAGAUAUACAUCUAUCCUGACUAAGGGAAUCAUUCAUUUCGUAGUGAGCAUUAUGAUGAGAAGUGCUGUGUCUAUUCUUCCUGUCAUCAUUCGUUUGAAGUUCUUCCAUUACUGCCGCCCCCAUAACCUCUCCCACUCUUUCUGCCUGCACCAGGACCUACUCCGGCUGGUCUGCUCUGACAUCCGCUUCAACAGCUUCUAUGCCCUGGCUCUGGUCAUUUGUACCUUGCUCUUGGAUGCUGUUCUUAUUCUCAUCUCCUAUGUUUUCAUCUUGCAGACAGUGUUGGCAAUCGCAUCGCGGGAAGAAAGGCUCAAGUCUUUACAAACCUGUGUUUCCCACAUCUGUGCUGUCUUGGUUUUUUAUAUUCCCAUCAUUGGUCUCACUAUGGUGCACCGCUUUGGGAAGCAUCUCUCACCUUUGGUUCACGUCCUUAUGGGCAAUAUUUAUAUUCUCUUUCCACCCUUGAUGAAUCCUAUCAUCUACAGUGUGAAGACCGAGCAGCUCCGAAGCAGGAUGAAGAAGUGGUUUUCUUCGAAAAUGUAUUGA